GCGCGCCAAUUUCGGGGCGGGAACAAGGUCAUAUAAUUUCUGCACAUGGCUGUGUAAAGGUUUUCGAGCAGCUGUGACAACAUUUUGCGAAAGAAUUCGCCCCAAAAUGUCGGCACAUUUCGUCGCUCCUGUCAUCCAGGAGAAUCCUACUGGUUGGGGGCCGUGUGCGGUACCGGAGAAGUUCAAAGAUAUUCCGUAUCAGCCGUUUUCAAAAGGAGAUCGACUUGGCAAGGUGUCUGACUGGACUGGUGCGACAUACCAAGACAAGAGAUACUUAGGGAAGUACUCAUCUCAGUUUGGGUCUGGUAACCAGUACACCUACUACCAUGAGCAGGAUGAAUCCUCAUUCCAGCUGGUAGAUACGGCGCGGACCCAGAAACCCAUCUACUUGCGCAACCGGAUGCGCUUUACUCAGCAACGCACGAUGCGACGCGAUCGUGAUCGGCGGGAGCAGCGUCAGCAGCAGGUCAACAUGCAGACGCUGACCAAGGCCCAGAAGGAGAGACAACGACAAGUGCGCCGGCUGCAGAAGCAGUACGGCAAAGGACGCCAGAAGUGGUCGGACAAGGGCAACAACCGAUUCUGGAAGGCUUCGGGCCCAGUGAAGACCAGGAGUGCCUCGGUGCAGGUCCGCAGCGAGUGGGAGGUCAUAGAAGAGCUGGACUUCCCUCGGCUCAACAAGCUCCGCUACCCGGACGUCUCUGAGUCGGAAGACCUGGUAACCUGUGGAGAGAUGGAGUACUAUGACAAGACCUUUGACCGGAUCACCACCAAGUCUCAGCGGAGACUAGCCAGGGUCAAUCGCAUCUUCCACAAGGUCACCACCACGGACGACCCCAUCAUCAGAAAGUUGGCAGGAAAAGGCAAGGUAUUCGCCACCGACAUCAUUUUGGCCACUCUGAUGUGCUGCACGCGCUCAGUCUACUCUUGGGAUAUUGUCGUGCAGCAUGUUGGUGGCAAGCUCUUCUUUGACAAGAGAGAUGACCCAGAGUUUGAUUUGCUAACGGUGAAUGAGACAGCCAUUGAGACCCCACAGGACGAGGGUAACCACAUGAACUCCCCCCGUAACCUGGCCCUAGAAGCCACCUUCAUCAACCACAACUUCUCCCAGCAGUGUCUCAAAAAGAAUGGUGAAAGGUACAAAUUUGACAAGUCCAAUCCGUUCCAAGAAGAUGACGACUCGGAAGUGGCCUCGGUUGGAUACAGGUAUCGUAAGUACAACGUGGGCGAUGACCUGGAUAUUAUUGUACGGUGUGAGCAUGACAGUGUCAUGAUGGGCUCUAACGGGGAGACGCAGUUUGUCAGCAUCAAGACGCUCAACGAGUUUGACUCUAAGUCGCUUGGCAUAGCCGAGUGGCGUCAGAAGCUGGACUCUCAGCGCGGUGCCGUGCUGGCCACCGAGCUCAAGAACAACAGCUUCAAGCUGUCCAAGUGGACGGUGUGUGCACUCCUCAGUGGAUCGGAUCAGAUCAAAUUUGGCUAUGUUUCUCGACUGAACCCGCGAGACUCCUCCAAGCACGUCAUCCUGGGCUCGCAGCAGUUCAAGCCCGUGGAGUUGGCCUCCCAGAUCACACUGAACAUGGAGAACUGCUGGGGUAUCCUGCGCUGCAUCAUCGACAAGUGCUUCAAGCUCAAGGAGGGCAAGUACCUCAUCCUCAAGGACCCCAUGAAGCCUGUGAUUCGCAUCUACGACAUCCCCGAUAACACCUUCAGCUCCGACGACGAAGCGGAAGAGACGUCCUCAUCAUCAGAUGAAGAUGAUGACAAUGAUGAAGAUGCAUAAACCCUCAAGAAACUCCAAGGAUUUAUCAAGGAUCUGCAAGUCAUCACCGAUCAUCACAAAAAGGAGCUCGGCACUCACUGCCCGUAUUUUCGUUAUUCCACUCUCACCGAAGGCUCAGAACAUAUUUUUCUCUACACAAGUGACAUCAUUGCUGCUCUACGCCAGCGUCAAAUGAAAUUCCAAAAUUCCAAAUAAUUAUGUGAUGGGACACUUUAAUUGUAAUCAAGUGAAAAA